AAACUACUUCCGGGAAAAUCAGGUUUACUUCCGUUUGGCAUAUUUCGCAUCUCCGAUAAGGCAGUUUCUUGUCUCGCACACAUUUUUUUAUUGUCUAGGUUCCAUUUCGUUGACCCGGCAGGCAUGUCCUCCCACGAGCCUGUCAAUAUGAAGCUCCCCCCGAUCCAGUCCACGGCUGGAGCCGUUCCGGUCCGGAACGAGAAAGGGGAGAUCUCCAUGGAGAAGGUAAAGGUGAAAAGGUACGUCUCAGGAAAACGUCCAGACUACGCACCCAUGGAGUCCUCAGACGAGGAAGAGGAAGAUUUCCAAUUUGUGAGGGGAAAGGAAGUUGAGCCAGAGGUGGAGCUGGAGCAAGAUGAUGUUUCUGACCCACGUUUGAAACGUUUGAUGAACCGGGCCUCUGAGGAUGUCGAGGAAAGGUUGGCCAGACACAGGCAGAUUGUUGAGCCUGAAGUUGUGGCACAGAGCAGCGAGGACUCUGACGAAGGCACGUGGCAUCCUCGGCAGGAGGAGAGCAGUGAAGACGAAGAAGAGGAAGAGGAGGAAGUGGACGAUGAGGAAAUAGAGAGGAGACGGGCAAUGAUGCGCCAGCGAGCACUGGAGAGAAAAACGGAGGAGAUGGAGGUCAUGGAGGUGGAGGAGGAGGGGAAGUCUGGGGAGGAGUCAGAGUCGGAGUCAGAAUAUGAAGAAUACACAGACAGUGAAGACGAAGCCGAGCCACGAUUGAAACCUGUCUUUAUUCGCAAGAAGGACAGAGUCACGGUGGCUGAGCGCGAGGCCGAGGAGCAGAGGCAAAAGGAGCUGGAGAUUGAAGCCAAGAGGCAGGCGGAGGAACGUCGUCGCUACACCCUCAAGAUUGUAGAAGAGGAGGCUAAGAAAGAGUUUGAAGAAAACCGCCGCACCCUGGCUGCUCUGGACGCUCUCGACACGGAUGGGGAGAACGAAGAGGAAGAGUAUGAAGCUUGGAAGGUCAGAGAACUGAAACGCAUCAAGAGAGACAGAGAGGCUCGAGAAACAAUGGAAAAGGAGAAGGCUGAAAUAGAGAGAUUCCACAGCCUGACUGAGGAGGAGCGCAGGGCAGAACUGCGUAACAGCGGCAAGGUCAUAACCAACAAAGCCUCCAAAGGAAAGUACAAGUUCCUGCAGAAAUACUACCACAGAGGAGCCUUCUUCAUGGAUGAGGAGGAGGACGUCUACAAAAGAGACUUCAGCGCCCCCACUCUGGAGGAUCACUUUAACAAAACCAUCCUCCCCAAAGUCAUGCAGGUGAAAAACUUUGGUCGGUCUGGACGCACCAAGUACACCCACCUGGUGGACCAGGACACCACGUCCUUCGACUCCGCCUGGGCCCAGGAGAGCACCCAAAACAGCAAGUUCUUCAAGCAGAAGGCAGCAGGGGUGAGGGACGUGUUCGAUCGGCCCACCACCAAGAAGAGGAAGACUUAGUGAAGGACUGUACCACAGCUCUCAAGGGGCGGCACCGUUCCUCCUGAAGCUUUUGUAAAUUACUUUUGUGUCUGUGUUUGAAUAAAUGACUCGCUCAAACUUUUAUAAACAA